AUGGCUUCACCAGAGGAGAUGAACGAUGCAUCAGAAACUCCAUCUUCGCCAAAGAGCACUUACAAGGAUCCCGACGAUGGAAGGCAACGAUUCUUACUUGAACUUGAGUUUAUUCAGUGUCUCGCCAAUCCUACUUACAUCCACUACUUGGCACAGAAUCGGUAUUUUGAAGAUGAAGCGUUUAUUGAAUACUUGAAGUAUCUUCAGUAUUGGCAGCGACCAGAGUACAUCAAGUUCAUUAUGUAUCCACACUGCCUAUAUUUUCUCGAACUUCUUCAAAACCCCAACUUCAGGAGUGCUAUGGCCCAUCCUGCUAACAAGGAAUUGGCACAUAGGCAACAGUUUUACUAUUGGAAGAACUACAGAAACAACAGGCUGAAGCACAUUUUACCUCGUCCUCUUCCAGAGCCUGUAGCUCCACAACCACCAGCUGUACCUUCAUCCUCUUUGCCACCUGUCCCAUCUGCAACUGCUGCUGCUCCCUCUCCAGCUCCUUCUCCAAUGCAGUACAAUAAUAUGCUUGCCAAGAAUGAACCGAGGAAUAUGGUUUCUGCUGGGAUUGAUCGUAGGAAGAGAAAAGGGGGAAACUUGCUUGACCCAGGCUCCAACAGAGACGUUUCUCAUAUUCGUUUCGUUAUUGCAAUGAAUGUUCUUACUUGUUCACAUGAUAGAAUUGCAGAGAAUUGA